CGGGGUGGCCGGCUGGAUGGCUGGAUGGCGCUCGCAGGAGGAGGGGAGGGGAGGUCAGGCGAGGUCUGGGAUUAGCGAAUCGCGCCGAUGUCGAGUUGUUGGAAAUGCGCAUUGCUCGAUGCGACAAAGGGGGGCGAUGUCAUAGGUCGCGGAGAUGAGGAGGGAGGGAGGCGAGGCAGACCCGCCCUUCCGGAGAGGCUUGCUUGCUUGCAGCAUAUGCAUGCAUGUGAUUGUGUGGUGAGGUUUGGUGGAAGAGUUUGGCAGGACGGGAAGGCGUGGAGGCAGAUGGGCGGGCUGCUGCUUAGCGACGAGAGGAGAAUGUGUAACUUCCGUUGACCCUCGCCGACAAACUCUCCGAGCAAGUCCUUUGUUCCCUUCCAGGAUCCAGUUCCUUUGAGAAACUUUCAUUAAGUUGGACAGGAUGGCUAACGGAGGUGAAGGAUCACCAAUGCAUCCUUCACCUAGUGAGCAGCACAGCAUGCUGCACGGGGAGAGAGUCGCGGUGCAGAUCAAUUCGAGGCGCCGUUUGCCUGAUUUUCUGCAGUCUGUCAAUCUGAAGUAUGUGAAACUUGGCUAUCAUUAUCUCAUCACCCAUCUCGUGAUACUGCUCUUCAUCCCCCUCCUGCUGGCUGUAACUCUGGAGGUCGGGCGCAUGGGUCCGGAGGAGAUGUGGCAGCUUUGGGUCAAUCUGCAGUUUAACCUCGUCAGUGUUUUGAUCUGCUCGGCGUUGUUGGUGUUUGGAGUCACUGUGUACGUCAUGUCCAGACCUCGCCCAGUGUAUCUCGUGGACUACGCUUGCCACUUACCUGCAGAAAAUACGAGAGUCAAAUUUUCGCUCUUCAUGGACCAUUCGGAGAAGUCGGGCUUCUUCGAUGAGAGAGCUUUGGAAUUUCAAAGGAAGAUCCUGGAGCGGUCGGGUUUAGGUGAGGAGACACACUUGCCUGUUUCUUUGCACAGAUUGCCCGCUAAUGCGAACAUGGCGGAGGCCCGAAAUGAGGCGGAGGAGGUGAUGUUCGGUGCCUUGGAUGAGCUCUUUGAGAAAACGAAGGUGAAGCCCAAGGACAUUGGCAUCUUAGUCGUCAACUGCAGUCUCUUCAAUCCCACACCAUCGCUGUCCGCGAUGAUAGUGAACAAGUAUCACAUGCGGGGUAACAUCAGGACCUACAACCUUGGCGGGAUGGGAUGCAGUGCUGGUGUGAUAUCUAUCGAUCUUGCCAAGGACAUGUUGCAAGUGCACGGCGGUACGUACGCCAUUGUCGUGAGCACUGAGAACAUCACUCAAAAUUGGUACUAUGGCAACCGUAGAUCUAUGCUCAUCCCCAACUGCCUCUUUCGAGUUGGUGGAGCUGCAAUUCUUCUGAGCAACAAGAGGAGCGAGAAGAGGCGGGCCAAGUAUCAACUUGUGCACACUGUGAGGACUCACAAGGGUGCCGAUGACAAGUGUUUCCGCUGUGUAUAUCAAGAGGAGGACGAGAAAAAUUUCAUGGGGGUUUCUCUGUCGAAGGAUCUGAUGGCUAUUGCUGGUGAUGCUUUGAAAACAAACAUCACCACUCUUGGGCCUUUGGUGCUGCCUCUCUCAGAACAACUGUUGUUUUUUGGCAUUCUCGUGGCCAGGAAGGUUUUUAACAUGAAGGUCAAACCUUACAUCCCUGACUUCAAGCUUGCGUUCGAUCACUUCUGCAUCCAUGCCGGUGGCAGAGCUGUCAUCGAUGAACUGGAGAAGAAUCUCCAACUCACGAAGGACCAUGUGGAGCCCUCUCGCAUGACCUUGCACAGAUUUGGUAAUACUUCGUCCUCAUCCAUCUGGUACGAACUGAACUACAUCGAAUCCAAAGGAAGGAUGAAGAAAGGCGACCGUGUUUGGCAGAUUGCUUUUGGAAGCGGGUUCAAGUGCAACAGCGCAGUAUGGCAGGCUGUUCGUACUCUGAAGCCACCGGCAAGAGGGCCAUGGACACAUUGUAUCGACAGUUAUCCCGUGAAGAUUCCGGAAGUGUACAAAUUUUGAGACCGGAGCUAGAGUUCUCUCAAUUGGAGAGUUUUCUACCCGAGGGUGGUUUGCUCCAAUAUUUUUACUCAGGUGGCGUGGUCACUCGUCCGACAAGAGUUGGACUGCCUCUGAUCUUGCGUAAUGAAAUUGACCUUCAAUAGCGUUCAUGGAGAUGUUCAGCGGUUCUGUUCCGGGAGUGCGCUUCACCAUUCAGAAGUUACUGAAAUCAGUAACGAAGUCGAAAUAAGUAUCACAAGUGAGCAAGCACGAGCACGGAAAGACCAAAUUUGUUCCUCACUUUCUACUAAAGAGCAGAUGCCAGCGAUUGAGUACGUGCAUUAUCGUAUACUAGCUGGAUAUUUUAGGACGAAGUGUUCCUUGUGAUUCGCCUAGGAAGCUUCUGUUGCAAUGGGGUUCCAUGUUUUCAGUGCUCUUAUCAGUAGUGAGUGGCUUAAUGAGCUGUAAAUAUUGUCUCUUCAGGUAAAGUGGGAAUACUGGCAGGUAAAGUUGGUGACUUCGUGCGCAGUGCACUAAGGAUUAACCGCUUUUGUGCCUUUGAUAAAUCAUGGCCUGCCUGAUCCUGGUUGGAUACCUUUCCCAUCUUUACUAAUGAGGUGCUAAUCCAUUUUGAACCUCUGUCUGUCUUAGAGUGUAUGCACGUUUGUGAGUAUUAAGUGUACGC